CCCUCCUCUGUGCGCUGCGGGGCUGGGGCGCAGAGACCAGACCGCAGCGCAGCUGCCAGACCCCGCGCCAGGUACCCCAGAGCCCGAUCGCAGGCUUCAGGUUUGCCCAUCUCUGGGCGGCAGGGCAAGGAACCCCCUACAACAGCGCCCCUCCCCCAGCCAUGGACAACCCCAGCAUACAGGAACUCCAGCAACCCUUGCUGCCAAGCACAGCCUGGGACCUCCUGUCCCCCAAGACUGACAAAGUAGGGCUGGGACCCCCUUUCCCAGAAACAGUCUUUGUGGAGUCACUGAGAGGCCGGCAGUUCCUUCUCUCACCUCUUUCUUCCGUGAGCGCUGGCCUGGGGGAGCCGGAGACCCCUGACCUUGAGGACACAUCAUCCAGUGACAGUGACUCAGAUUAUGAUGGAGGUGGCCGCCUCUCACCUCUUCUGCCCCAUGACCACCUUGGCCUGGCAGUCUUCUCUGUCCUGUGUUGUUUUUGGCCUGUGGGCAUUGCUGCCUUCUGUCUGGCCCACAAGACCCGCCCUAGCUGCCCUUCAGCCCCCACUGUGAAUGCAGAGGCCAGAGGCCCCCCAGUGAACCAAUGAGAGGAACGGAUGAUCCUGGUGCAAAUGGUGGUGACGGCGAGGACCACAGCAUCCAGAAAUGAGAGUCUGCUACUUUCCUGGCCACCCCUACCCAGAAGGAAGCAACGUGAGAGAUUAAAGAGUCCCUGAAGCCAAACCCAAGUCUGUCUGUGUGUUUGGGUGUGUCCAGGGUGGACUGGUGUGGGUGGACUGGUGUGGGUGCCCAAGAGUAGGAAGGACUGACCAGCAAUGUCAGCCUCAGGCUGUGGCUGACAUCAGAUCUCAGAGCUUGGGGUGUGAUACUGCAGUAUUUUCUUCUCCACAGUAGUGAGCAGAAUUAGAGCCAGGUUUCCAGGUCUCACUUAACCCUUCCCUCAGGCCGAGCAAGGUCCAAAGAAUCCCAGGUGUGUGUGGUGGCCUGCUGCUUCCCUCCGAGCUCUUCCCACAGCAGAUGGAGAAAUCAUCCAGCCCAAAAUCAACAGGAAAGUGUGGUGGUAGAGCCAGACCUCAGAGCCAUGCUUAGUAUACUGGUAACUCAGGAGGCUGAGGCAGGAGGAUCACAAGUUCAAGUUGACCUAGAGAUGAGCUUAGCAGCAGAACUAUGCCUAGUACAUACGAGGUCCCAGGAGAUGAGCCAGCCAUGGCAGCUUAGUGAGACUGACACAACACACGAAAGAAGCUGGCACUCCCAGCACCCGGGACAGGCAGGUGGGUCUACAAAUUAAGUUUCCAGGCCAGCCAGGGCUGCAUAGUGAAACCCAGUCGCAUGGUGGUUGUGGUGGUGAAGACCAGAGGCAUGGCUCAUCAGUCAAUGCUUGUUCAGAAUUUACAACUCCCUUAGUUCAAAUCCCAGAAUCAGCUAGGGGUGGUGAGGCAUGCCUUUACUCCCAGCACUGGGGGGGG